AUGCAGUUAAUGGGUUUUGGGACGGGUCGUCGUCUCGAGGGCAGGGAGGAACUGGUGAUGGGUCCAAGUUGGCUGAUUAGGGUUUUUGUCCGGAAGCCUCUCUCUCGCUCGCUCUCGCUCUCCCUAUAUCGACAGCGGGGGGGGGGGGGGGGGGGACCCGUUUUGUUUGAGAUGCCUUCUUUCCCUCAUCUUGGCUUUCGAUACCACGUCUGUGGCGCGACACAUCGAGGUGCUCCCACUCUUCCCCACUUUCUUCUGCCCGCGUUAAUCCACAUCACUACUGGCUCUCUCUCUCUCUCUAAGAUCUCCAAUUUCCUUCCCGUCUAAACUCUCGGCCUGCCUGGAACAGCGUGGAUGGAAAGAGAGAGAGAGGUGGUGAGAGACGUAAACAAGGAUCCUCGUCCACGUCAUGCACACUAAACCUACGUUUUAAGCAAGAGCAACGCGGAUAGAUACUACAGAGAAAAGACAGAUGAGAGAGAGGGCGAUCGAGGGGGAGAGAAUAGACCGGGAGCAAGAACUGCAGUGAUAAGUUAACGGGAACAGAGAGGGAUAUAGGUCUGGAACAAAGAAGGGAGAGAAAAUCUAGAUGGUGCUCCGGAGGGCGAGAGAGACAGAGAGAAACAUAAAAAAACUUGGGAAGUAGAGAGAUAGAGAGAGAGAAAGAGAGGAGGGGUGGGGGAAUUAUGGUAUGGCAGUGCCCGGAGGUCUCCCCUUCCUGUACUUGCCGUAUCUACUAAGUCAGGGAACCGUCUGUUCUUGCCGAAAAAGCAUGAGCUUCUAAGAAAAGCGGAGGAGAAAACAUAGGGGAGGUGAAGAGCUGAAGCUUCUCUCAGCAGAGAGAACCUCCGCCGCAGCAUCAGCCACCACCUGUGUCCACACUGUUGCACCGUAGUCCCCCAGGUAUGCGAUUCUAGACCAGAACCUACCUCUUUUCAUGGUCCACAGGCCCCCUUUCCCCCCCACCUCUUCUCCUUUUCUCUCUUCUCUGGCUGGGAAAAGAGUAUCUCAGUCCCAACCGCAACCCUCCCCGCCGCAUCGACGAAGAUUUUCCCAUGGGAUAUCUCUUAUGUUACCAGGUGAAAGGAGACCGUACCACGGGAUAUGACGGCUAAAUGAUGCGAUCGUCUGAUCGACUGGAGAACGACGGCUGUGGGAGAGAGGAGCAGCUAGGGUUUCCGCGCUCUAUCUCAGCUGCAUAAGUGGGAUUGAGAAGGAGGUGGAGACCAAGGUCAAACACAAGGGCAUCUUUCACCUCUCUCGAUCGAAACCCGAAACUCCUAAUCCAAAGGAUCAGAGGAUGGAGUAGAUCAGACAGAAGAUCUUCGGCAAGAAGAAGCCGACAUCGAGUGGGCGUAGGCGUGCGAUCCACGCAGGCAGAAGUUCUUGAGGCCAUGAUUCUGAGACAAAGAAGAUAACAACGAAGGGCUGAGGCUUGUUGAUUUCCCCCUGCCGUCGCACUUUCUACACAAUUAUUUCCGCGACCGAAAUAAAAGAAGAGCUGGCGAACCGGUGGUGGGCCGGUAAUGUGGCCCUCGGCGGCGGCGGCAGUGGCGGAGGCGGUGGUAUCGGCGUUGACCCCGCCUCCUCUUCCCCCGCCGGGGUCACCGCCUUGCACCUCCGCAAUCCCAACGACGACGAUCUCCAUCACCUCCGCAACCCCAACCCCGCCAGCACCAACAGUAGCGGAAGCAACCACAACCCCAACGACGACGACGGAGACGCUGUUGACCACCCCGCUGGCAGCGGCGGUCAAGAUUCCGCGGAAGCCGGUGGAGGGGGAGGCCGUGGGGGAUCCGGCGCCACCCCAGGUCGCCGCCCCCGCGGGCGCCCUCCGGGGUCCAAGAACAAGCCGAAGCCGCCGGUCAUCAUUACCAGGGAGAGCCCCAACGCGCUCCGCUCCCACGUGCUGGAAAUCAGCAGCGGCACCGACAUUGUGGACGCCAUCUCGACUUUCGUCCGCCGCCGGCAACGCGGCGUCUGCGUGCUGAGCGGCAACGGAGUGGUGGCGAACGUUACACUGCGUCAGCCGGCGGCUCCUGCUGGGGCGGUGGUGCCCUUGCACGGGCGAUUCGAGAUCCUCUCUCUCUCGGGGGCUUUUCUGCCCUCGCCGUCGCCGCCGGGGGCGACGGGGCUGACGGUGUACCUCGCCGGAGGGCAGGGACAGGUGGUGGGAGGGAGCGUGGUGGGGGCUCUCAUGGCGGCAGGGCCCGUGAUGGUGAUCGCCGCAACAUUUGGUAACGUCACCUAUGAGCGGCUACCCAUCGAGGAGGAUGGUCCCGCUGAGUCCGCCGGCGGCGGCGGUUGCUCGGAGGGAAUGCUGUUGGGGCAAGGCGGUGCUGGUGUGAGCCCGGGAGGUGGUGGCGGGGGCGGUGGGUCUCCUCAUCACGGUGGUGCAAGCCUGGGAGAAUCGGGGGGAAUGCCUAUCUACAACUUGCCUCCCAACCUGAUGGCUAAUGCUCAGCUGCCUCACGACGUGUUCGGAGCUUGGGUUUCUCAUCAGCCUCACCGUCCUCCGCCCUCCUACUGA